AUGCGGUGGGCAGGAGUCCUGUUCGUGUUCGCUGUCGUGGUUUGUCUUGUCCAAGAGUCGCAAGCUUGGGGUCGGCGCCGCCGCCGCCGCGCACCACCGCCGCCUGUCCACUGCCGCUGGGGGGGCUGGGGUGCCUGGUCCUCCUGCUCUGCACCGUGUGGGAGCUCCGGUGUUCAAUCAAGAUACAGGAGUAUCGCCCAGCACGCUGCCAACGGAGGAUCUGGGUGUAGCGGACCCAGCAGCGAGUCCCAGCCCUGUAACCGGUUCUGUCACAACGGCGGCACGCCUGCAGGGUCGCGCUGCUCCUGUCACCCAGGGUACAGCGGGACGUGCUGUUCUACGGAUGUGAACGAGUGCUCUAGCGGUAACGGGGGAUGUGACCACACCUGUGUGAACACGCAGGGCAGUUAUCAUUGUACCUGCCGGACUGGGUAUCUUCUCUCCGGGACACACACAUGCAUAGAUCUGGACGAGUGUUCAGACAACAAUGGCGGCUGCCAGCAUACCUGUGUCAACACUCCGGGAGGGCAUCGCUGCACUUGUCGGCCUGGGUUUGCUCUGUCUGGAUCCACCAACUGUGCAGACAUCAACGAGUGUUCCACCAAUAACGGAGGAUGUCAGCACACAUGUGCCAACACUGUUGGCAGUUUCCAGUGCUCAUGUAGAGUCGGAUAUCAGCUGUCAGGAACCACGGAAUGUGUUGAUAUAAACGAAUGUUCUACCAACAAUGGCGGUUGUGACCAUGACUGUACCAACACGGACGGCAGUUACUACUGCAGCUGUACGACUGGAUACCAGCUCUCCGGAUCUCAUAACUGUCAUGACAUAGACGAAUGCUCCAGUGGUAAUGGCGGCUGCCAACACACGUGUACAAACACAGACGGAGGGCACGAAUGCUCCUGUAACACCGGGUAUCAGCUCUCAGGAUCUCGGAACUGUAUAGACAUCAACGAGUGUUCUGAAAGCAACGGAGGCUGUGAUCAGAUCUGUGUGAACACUGUGGGGAGUUUUCACUGUGCAUGUAGGCCGGCCUAUCAGCUCGCAGGGUUCGGAGGGACAACAUGCAUCCCAAGAGAAAACAGUGGGUGUGUGAAUGGUACAUGGGUUUCACAAAGCCAAUGUGACUGCGACCCUGGUUAUACUGGAUCCAGCUGCAAUACAGCCAUCUGCAGCAGCGGCUGUGUUCAUGGAACUUGCACGGCACCUGAACAAUGCAGCUGCUUCACUGGGUACACAAGAAUCAGCUGUGACACAGAUGUCAAUGAAUGUCUGACAAAUAACGGAGGCUGCCAGCAUGACUGUGUGAACACUGCCGGCAGCUACUACUGCACAUGUCGUGACGGAUACCUGCUCUCACAGGGACACAAUUGUGAAGACAUAAACGAGUGUCUGGUUGGAAACGGUGGCUGCCAACACAACUGUCUCAACACGGAGGGGAGUUACAGUUGUACCUGCAGAACUGGAUAUCAACAAGCCGACCGAAGCUGCUAUGACAUCGAUGAAUGUUCUUCCAAUAACGGUGGCUGUCAUCAUGUAUGUCUAAACACAGAGGGAAGUUUCCACUGUUCUUGUAGGACUGGGUAUCAACUAGCGGGCACAAGCGACUGCACAGACAUUAAUGAGUGCAGCAGUGACAAUGGAGGCUGUCAGCACAACUGUGUAAACACUGAGGGGAGUUACAGAUGUACCUGUCGCCAUGGUUACCAGCUAUCAGGGACAUCGAACUGUGUCGAUGUGAAUGAAUGCCAGUCACUCCCAGACUGUCAUUACUGCACGAACACGGAGGGAUCAUUCACAUGUUCGUGCAGACGUCGUCACCAUCUUGUAAAUGGCAACGACUGUAGAGAUGACGAUCUGUACCCGUAUGGAGGGGAAGGUGGGAAGAUCCACCAAGGGAAACACUGUGUGCGGGAGGAGCUACCGAUAGAGGGACUGAGAUUCUUCAGUCGACGUCAUCACUACAUAUAUAUAUGUGACAAUGGAGUGGUGUCAUUUGACUGGAUUCCGCGCCCACGGUUCCCCACAAAGAUGACAGAAGCCCACUGGGCCAGAAAAGCAGUAAUAGCACCGUUCCUGGCCCAGUCCCACCCCUACGUCAUACCACAUCUGCCAGAACAACGGAAGACAAAGAUUUACUACCAGUUCCAUCGAGUGGGAGACGGUGGUGCAGAUUCGGCUGAGGUUCUACGCCGGGCGGGAGAGCACGGAAAGUCUACUCCACGAUUCUACGCACCAAGUAAAUGGACUCAGAUUAACCAAUGA